GAUUGUCACAUAAAGCCGUUGUGUUACAAAAAGAUUUCCUGAAGGAGAAACGUGUGUUCUCGUCAUGUUUUUCUUUUGGCAGCUUUUACUUUCGUGUUGGAGGUGAAUACAGAAAAUGGAAGAACCGUAUGACUAUUCUCAACAUAAAUACUGUAUUACUUUAGCUUUUGAAUAUAACGUCAUUACGUCUGGCAUUGUGGCCAUCGACAAGAUUGGUAGUAACGAACUUAGUCAUGACCAAAUAACACACAAGGCUUCAUUUUUAUAUAAUAUUAUCACCGAAAACGUUAUAGCCAGAGACGACUUAGUUGAUAGAAUACUUGAGCAUCCAGCAGGGCUACCAAAAAGCGAUGUUCAUAUCCCCAAUAUUUUUAGCGAGCUCAAGAGAAAUUAUUCUAAUGACUUUAGGCCCAAAUCUUAUAGAGAUGCGGCACGAUACGAAACUUUUAUCCACGAAGCCAUAGAAGUAUUACAAAAAAUUCCGCGUGAAUGGAAAAAAGAUAAAAAAUGCUUAGAUACUGAUUUUUAUUACGCGGUGAUCAUCCCUUCAAAUUGGGAGUAUCAAACAAGAGAAGAAUUCUUUCGGCCUCUCUUGAUAAAAGCUGGUCUUAUUCAUAAGGAUGACGGUCAGGGCAGAUUGAUUUUUUUUUCAAAAGUAGAACCACUUUUUCACCAUAUGCAGGAAAGUCCUGAUCUCUUGCGUAAUGUAGAAAUAAAAGCUGGUGAUCAGUUCGUUAUUUGUACACUAGAUUGUCAAGACACAUUUCGUGUGAAUCUGGAAUUGAUAUCAGCUCAGUACCCCGUUUUCACAGUGACAGAAAGCAAGUGGGUCCCACAAUCAUUGAAACAGGUUCGAUUUGCGAUGCCCCUUGGAUUAAUGGAAUUAAAAUCAUAUGGGAAAGAGCUUUAUUAUGCCGGAAUAUUAUCGAUGAUUAUUGAUCAAUCCGAUCAAAAUUUUGAAAAAAAGAUAAUCGAUGCAUCCUCAUAUACGGAUGUUCCAUUUGACAUUCUUCCUAUCAAUCCUUACAAUUUGGGACGUAGAAAAGUCGAUACUACACAAGAUACCACUGAAUUACUUGAUCAUGAGCCUAGUUUUAUUGAUCAAAUUUUCAAUAAUGAAAUGGAUACAUUGCUUCAGGGAACGAGCAACAUAAAAACCAGAUCCAUGGUCAUAUUUAGUACAAAACAAGCUAGGAGUUGUAGUCAUUGGGAACCACUACUCAUAUUAAUUCAAAGUCGGUUAAAGGCGUAUCGCGAUCAAAAACAGUCCUACACAUUAAUCUCAAAUAGAGAAACCUUUGAUUUUCACUCGAUUCAAUCUUCUGGAAUCUUGGACCUAGUAACAUACCAAAUACAAGUCUUUAACAUGCGUAGAGCCCCAGUUAUACUACCGAAGGAUACAGAAUAUAGAUAUUCUAGAAGCUAUUCAAGGCCUAUUAUUUUCAUAAAUAUUGAUAUUUCCCUUACACAAACAAAAACUACUAUUACAUACUUGAAUGAAGUUAGACAGAUUGAACAAAAAAACCUAUUUGAAUGCAACAUGGAACCAUUAGGUAGCUUCAUCACCUACUCAAAACAAGAUCAAAGGCCAAUACUUCACAUUAAUAACAGGCUGAAGCUACUUUUAGAUAAUAUUUUUGGUGACUAUAUUAGCUUAUUCUCGACUUCUAACAAACAAAGCAUGACGAGAAGAAUGUUAUUAGGCAUAACAUCCAUAUUACUUGAUCAAGUUUCACAGGAAAUGCAUGAGAGUUUUAUGAGCUAUUUCUAUAAAAUGAAAUCAAGCAAAAACCCUUCUAAGGAGACUAGAAAUCUAUUUGCUUCCUCAAAUCCAAACUUGUUCAAACAGCUCACGGAAAACGUUAAAACGAAUGAUCUUUUCACAUCAACGAAUGGUAAAUUUUGGGGCGCGGAUAACGAUUCAUUUACGACCUGCCAUCCAGGUUAUAUCUUUUUUUUUGUGGCCACAUACCUGCACACCUUGAGCAAGCUGUUAGAAGAUAAAAUAAAAAAUGAAGUAGGAAUAAGCUGGCAAUUCUGGCGAGGUCGACAAAACUGGCAAGACUAUCGGAGCUGGCUAUUGUGGCGUAGCAACAAUAUCUGGUAUGGUGUCUCUAUUGAUAAGAAUUUAUUGGACACUGUAUUCGGCUCAAUAAAAAACUUGGAAAAGUUAUUCUUUGCCUGUGGAAUACUGCAAAAGGACGACAAAUUUCUAAGAGCAAAAUUCUGCACUCGUGGCGAGGAUAUACUGCCAGCUAUUCAACAGAAGCUAAUGGACUUGGAGUUUAAAAUAAAGUCUUACUUUGUAGUUGCGCAAGUAUUUUCAAAGCAUAUCCAACUCACUCUCCAUCAAGUAGUUGUACUGACAUCCUCUAAAAAAGAUGCAGCUACCAUUAUUAUUCAGGAUGAAAUAUUAUAUAUAGAUGAUGUGUACGAUAGCCUAUGUAAGACGCUUUGGACAAACAUACAAUCAAAUUAUCAAGUUAAUUAUUGCGUCAUACACAAAUACAUACGGAAUGUACAAUACGAUUUAUGCUCUUUCCAAGGAUAUAGCAAUAUUCGUCAAAAUCUGCAGUUGUGCGUUAAAAAACUUUUGGAAAGAAACAAAGCAAGCGUGGACAUGAAUUCCAAAAUCCAAUUGAACAUUAACAGCAAAUGUUCUUGCAGUAUCGAUGUUUUUCUUCGCGACAUUAUAGAAGUUGGUUUUAUGACAGUUAUAGAAAAUAUGGCAACAAUCAUAGCGGGUUCUUUAACCAACAAAGAGUUAUUUGGAAACUAUGUAGCAAAUUACAUUUUCGUGUUUGGAGACCCGUUCAAUUUAUCUUACGGUUCAAUGCUCCACACCACAUAUGUCAUGUUAUUGCAAAAAGCGAUUGAUGACGCUGUACAAUUUAAAGAAAAAGAUACAAUGACAUUCGUAUUGGGAGAAUCGCUUUGCCAACUGCUAGAGCUAGUAACACGCACCAAACCAUACAUGUUUGAAAAAUUUAUUACGGGAACUUUGUGCCGAGUAUCAAGUGAAACCUUUGCGCUGAUGAUUCAAAAAAGAGCGACAAGUGAUAAUGUGUAUUCAUUUCGGUAUUUUCCUUUCUUUCGGAUUAACCGUACUGGCGAUAUUAAAAAUAUUAUAAAGGCGGAUGGUAAUUACUUCGUAUUUAUUCAAAAAGGGGAGCCAGUUCCAACAAAAAGCUUUAAAAUUCAACAUGAACUAUCCAUUAACUUGGAUAUGGAUACCAUUUUAGUUAUUCUUAAGGCAGUAGAUAGUUCAGGAGAUGUGGUUUCGAAACAGUAUUCUGAGUUAGACAAAAAUACGGCUGGUACAACGUAUCACAUUCCUGCCGAUUUGGGAAGUGAAGUCUCAAAAAUAACGAUAGACUGUAAACAUUUUAAACAUACUUUAUCCCUCAAAGUAUUAAGGGCGAGUAUGAACUCUACUUCUGAGAACUAUGGCUUUCCUUUUGACCGUUCCCUAAAUUUCAUCGACCCAUUAACACUCGCUUAUAUUUAA